AUGGACCCCUCAACAUACAAGGAUCCUGAGCUCACGCUACAGGAUCAGAUGGUGGUUGAGACCCUUCUUGAAGAUAUUGGUGCAAAUGAUGAGACAACCAGCCCAUUACAGGAAAAGAUUGGCGCUGAAGAGACAGCGCAGAAGCUGCAUGACAUGAACGAUGCAUCUCAUCCUGACUUUGACCCCACUGUUUUCCAGCUUUGGGAUACACCAACCUUGCGGACCAAGCUGUCCCCGGCCAUCCAGCAAUAUGUGCUGCAGCCGUAUAUCAGUUGGGCAAAGGGCGUGGUUCGCGUUCCGACAGAUGUGGUCAUGGUGACCCAUCUCAUUCUCUACUUCACUACCAUUGUCCCUAGCGGCUUUUAUCUUUACCACCGCUUCUCAUACCUACACGGCGUCCUACACUGGGUCAUGCAGUUGUACUAUUGCGGCGCCUUCACCUUGAUGAAGCAUCAGCACAUCCACGGGAACGGAGUCCUGGCCUCCAAGUAUUGGCUUUUCGACACGCUUUUCCCAUACUUGCUGGAUCCCAUGCUUGGACAUACGUGGAACUCCUACUUUUACCACCACAUCAAACAUCACCAUGUCGAGGGCAAUGGUGAGGACGACCUCAGCACGACCAUGUUCUACGACCGGGACAAUGUGUUUGACUUUGCUUGUUACGUGGGUCGAUUCAUCUUCCUGAUCUGGCUGGAGCUUCCGCUGUACUUCUGGCGAAACGGCCAAGUGAAAUACGCCUGUAGAGCGGCAUUCUGGGAACUUGGCAACUACGCGACCAUCUACCUCCUCUACAACUACGUCAAUUCCCGCGCGACACUGUUCGUGCUUAUUCUUCCGCUUACGGUCAUGCGAUGUGGCUUGAUGGUUGGCAACUGGGGCCAACAUGCUUUCGUGGACCCGAUCCAUCCUGAUUCGGAUUACCGCUCGAGCAUCACUCUCAUUGAUGUCCCUAGCAACCGGUACUCCUUCAAUGACGGAUACCACACAUCACACCACUUGAACCCGCGUCGCCACUGGAGAGAUCACCCUGUGGCAUUUGUCAAGGGCCGGGAACGAUAUGCCGAGGAAAGGGCAUUGGUCUUCCGAAACGUGGACUAUAUUUUUAUCACCGUGAACUUGUUGCGCAAGAACUAUGUCCACUUGGCAAAGUGUCUCAUCCCCAUGGGUGACCAAGUCAAUAUGACUCUUCAACAGCGAGUGGAGAUGUUGCGCGGCCGGACUCGUCGGUUCCCACGCGCUGAAGCAAAGAAACAGAGCUGA